GCCUAGGUGGCACGAAACCCACAGGAUUUCGGUCCUUCGCGUUUGCCCUUUGGUCAGGAUCCAGCUUGCUUGCCGGUGUCUACAUCUGUACCGCCAAGUUCGGUAGAGUGUUUGGGGUCAUCUCCGUCUGGAGAACACGCCCGGUCCCACCUUCCUCCGCAAUUUCGUUUGGCGCGCCGGAUCUUGCUGGUGGUAUACUGAUGUACUUUACUGGUGGUCUACAAAAAAACGGACCGGAACGGCGUCAUCCGCUGUAAGGAUGUCAACUACUGGUGGUGCUAUUGAUGCUGGCGCUGUUGCUCCAAGGGGUGGUGCUCCUACGGCCGGGCUUGACCUCCCCGACAGCGAGUCAGAUGCAUUCCCCACUCGUUUGGUGAUCAUCCUGGCGCUGGCAAUGACGGUCCAUUCGUAUGCUUUGGUCUCUCUCUUUCCGUACGUCGGGAUGAUGGUGAGCGAUCUGCUGAGCUUGGAAACUCUCAACGAAGCAGGUUUUUACGCCGGGUACGUGGCGAGUGCUUUCACCUUCGGCCGAUUCUUGAGCGGCUACGCUUGGGGGCACGUUACAGAUUCUGCCGGGAGGAAGCCAGUCAUCGUCCUCGGGUUGAUGUCAAUAAUAAUCUUUUCGUUGACUUUCGGGCUGUCCACUUCCUACGCCUGGGCCGUUUCCUCUAGGUUGAUUCUCGGGCUGACCAACGGCAUCAUGGCCGCCCUCCGGGUUUCACUGAACGAGGUCUGCGGGCCGAAGCAUGUAUUGGUGGGGAUGAACUACCUCAACAGUUGUAGGGCCAUUAGCAUGGUUGUGGGCACAGGAGUCGGGGGAGUUCUGGCUCAGCCUGCGGUUCACUAUCCCAGCCUAUUUUCGGCUACGGGCCUUUUCGGCAGAUGGGCGAAGAAUCCGAAACGCCGCCGCCUGCGCUUGAUGUUCUUUCCUCGCUCAAGGUAUCCGUUCCUGCUGCCAAACCUCGUGGGAGCGUCUUGCGCGCUCGUUAUCAUGGUCCUUGUGAUAAUUUACCUCCCGGAGACGAAGGAUUACGCGACCAUCGCGGCACAACGUGCUUUUCUGCAGCAGCAGCAGCAGCAGCCGCAGCAAGCGCAGCAGCAGCAUACCAGCGACGGCGUCAGUAACGGCUGCAGCGAGGCCAUGGCGAACGGAGCUGAUAACAACCGCGCCAGUCGUGACGAGCCACCACCCAGCAGCCCUACCGGCGCGUCCGACGUCGACGACAAAGGGGAGGAAGAAGAGAUUGGGAUAUUCGGUCGUCACGGACUUCUGGCCACCCCGCACGUCAAGACUCUUCUCACCCUUGGAUGUGUGGUGAUGGCUCUGCAGAUCGGCUUUGACGAAGCGUAUCCUCUUUUCGCGCUCAGUACUCCUGACGUGGGAGGACUUGGCUGGAACACCUUGCAGAUCGGGAAGGUCUUGGUCAUGACAGGCCUCUUCAUGGCCUGCUUCCAGCUGCUACUUCUCCCACCCUUAAUCAAGGUGGUGGGUAUCACAAAAUGGCAGCGCGUCGGAUUCUGUGUGGGAGCGCUUGCAUUCAUCGCCAUCCCUUCAGUGAGGUCACUCAGCUGGAACUACCCCUCCCUCUUCUCGGCAUCGGUGGCGGUCAACACUUUCGCCUCGUGCGGUCUAGCUGCGGUAGCCUUGACGAUGUCGGUUGGGUCGACCACGCUUGUCCCUUCAAGGAUGCGCGGGAAGCUAGGCGGGCUCUACAACAUGGCUGAGAGCCUGGGCCGAUUUUUGGGGCCGGCGGGGUUCGCCAUCUCGUAUGCAUGGUCGGUUUCCCCUUCCAGCUCUGCUGCAGGUGUCGAUUGGGUGAAUUUCCGCUUUGUGUUCUGGGCAUCGGCGGUGCUCCUGGCUAUGUGUGCGGUGCUAGCAUGGUCGACGCUAACUGCCGAGAAUCUGAUGCAGGGAGAAGUUGAGGACGCUGUCAGCGCUUCGAUUACUCCUCAAUCUUCAGGUUCUUCGCCGCGACUUGGACUUGGAACGGGUUUUUUCCGCAAUAAGAAUGAGCAGCCUGACGCUGGCCUCCACAUGGAAGACUCUUUGUUGCCAAGAGUAGAAAUAGUGAAACGAGAGACGGACAUGGUUUGAGCCAGCCAAAGUAUUUUUAGACCGAGGUUUGCGCACGGGCGUGUUCAGAACGGACAGUACCGAAAUAUUGAUUAGAUGCGUGUUGAGCGAUUGCUCGUAUUCAACAGGAGGCAGUGCGCAGUGGCACCAGAUUUGCUUUACAUGUUCAUGCCGCUUGAUCGGGCUUUCCAUGAUAGAUGGCUUGGCCAUGGUGAAUCAUUAAACAAUUUUCGAUGGGUUCGUUGAUUUUUUCGGAACCUUAGGAUCUGCAUCUGUGGUUGGGUAUGAGUGAAUCGCACUUGGUUCUGUAGGCAAAUCGUGAGUGCACUUGAGGCAAGCACCGCUUCUGAUCCUUUUCACGUUGCACGCGAGGGAAAGAACCAUUGCAGUAUCUCGAAAGUAGUCUACACUCGUUCAUGCCGUGGGCGAUAUCGGCGAUCGAGUUUGUACGCUAUUCAUGCAGUUGGUCUAACACCAUGAUGAGGCAAACACCGCCGUACUGGCAUACGCCUCUCGGUGGGUGGUGAUGAUGGUUCUCCUUCGUCGA